ACCAUUCAAUGUGCUGCUGGAGUUUUUUCAUUUGCUUUCGUAAGUUAAUUACAACGUCUACAGCGUUGGAAACGAAUGGAAAAAAGUAAAGAACAACCUGUUAACCAAAAGAUUUCAAUAAAUGACAACUUAGUUUGAAACUCGUCAUGACGACUCUCAAAAGACUGAUGUCAGUUAAUUCUGUAGUUUCCAGGAAUAUAUCGUCAAAAAUGGCCGGAGGGAAAUAUAUGAAGGCAGAAAUCGUUCCAAAGAAAGGAAAGAACCUGUUAAAUGACCCAAUCUACAACAAGGGUUUAGCAUUCUCUGAGGCUGAGAGGGAUCGUUUGGACAUCAGAGGUAUUGUCCCCCCUGCAAGAUUAUUAAUAGAUGAACAGAAGGGAAUUAUUAUGGAAGAAUACUGGGAGGGAUUAGCUGCUAGAGCAGCACAGGAUCCGUCUGAUGAGAUAAUGAAGAGCGGGGUUAAACCUGAUGAUAUCAGGAAAUGGCAGGUUCUCCAGUAUCUCCAGGAUAGGAAUGAAACCCUGUUCUACUCAAUACUCAUGGAGAACUUUCAGGAAAUGGCUCCUAUAAUCUACACUCCAACAGUAGCCUGGGCUUGUAAGAAUUUCUCCCAUCUGUAUCGCCGACCAAGGGGGAUGUACUUCUCCGCUAAUGACAGAGGGGAGAUGGCUAGCAUGGUCUACAACUGGCCAAGUGAUGAUGUUGAUGCUGUGGUGGUAACUGAUGGAUCCCGUGUACUAGGUUUAGGGGAUCUAGGUAUAGGAGGUCUAGGCAUAUCUAUAGGGAAGUUGGAUCUGUAUGUUGCAGCCGGGGGAUUUCAUCCACGUAGAAUCCUUCCAGCGGUCAUAGAUACUGGAACAAACAAUCCAGAUUUGUUGAAGGAUCCUGCGUAUCUGGGCCUAAAACAGGCAAGGAUGGAUGGAGAAGAAUAUUAUGAACUAAUUGAUGAAUUCAUGGCAGCUGUCAAACUCAGGUGGCCGAAGGCUCUGAUUCAGUUUGAAGAUUUCCAGUCUAAGCAUGCUAUAAACCUGCUGGAGAGAUACAGAGAGGAAUAUUUAAUGUUUAACGACGACAUUCAAGGAACUGCUGCCACUGUUCUUGCAGGUGUAUAUGGAGCGCUGAAAGUACAAGGGCUACCUGCUGAAGAUCUACGAAAGAAACGAAUUAUUGUUGCUGGGGCUGGUUCAGCGGCCAGUGGGGUCUGUUCCAAACUUAGGAUGGAUUGAUAACAAAAGGUCGUCCUGGAUUAGAAUUACUGGAUCAAACCUUUCAUGAUAUAUCUUCAUUCGCUAGAGAUGAGACGGAGAUGGAAGGGA